UCUUUGAUAUCAUGCGCUCUGGUGCUCCAAAAAACAUAUCCAAAUCAGUUGGACUUUAUGAAGGAUCUCCAUUGAUUGGUUUACUGAUUUUUCUCACUAAAGUACUCAUUUGUUUGGGCGACUUACUAGGCGAGACUGCCUGGUAAAACACGAGGCAGGUUUGGAUCUCACACUUGUUUACAGGAGCAGAGAAAGUCAGUAUUUUGUCGCAGCCACAGAGAAUGUGAAGCUGUUGCCAUGUCGAUAUCCUCUCUAGAAGUGUUCUCUACGGAACCUUUCCUCAUUGGAAUGUUCACAGCAGAAGGUUCCUCCUCUGGACAUUACACAGAACCCCACUUGGAGGAAUACCUCAUCGCAAUGGGCGAUAACAAUGUCACAUGGCCAGUCUGCACCUAUAAGGAGGAUUUUAAACGCUUCCUACUUCCUGCCGUCUACAGUGUGGUCUUCCUGAUUGGUCUGCCUCUGAAUGGGGCGGUCAUCUUGAAGAUCUGGAGGUCACGACCCAACCUGACCCGGAGCAACGUCUACAUGCUCAAUCUGGCCACGGCUGACUUCCUGUAUGUGAUGUCACUACCUCUGCUCAUCUACAACUACGCCAGUCAUGACUACUGGCCCUUUGGAGAGCUGGCCUGCAAACUGGUCCGCUUUCAGUUCUACAGUAACCUGCAUGGCAGUAUACUGUUCCUGACCUGUAUCAGCCUCCAGCGCUACGUGGGCAUCUGCCACCCUAUGGCCGGCUGGCACAAGCAGGGGGGUCGCAGGCUGGCACGGGUGGUGUGUGGGGGUGUGUGGCUGGUGGUCGCCGUCCUCUGUGCCCCCACGUUCCACUACGCCUCCACAGGAACACAACGCAACCGCACCGUCUGUUACGACCUGAGUCCCCCGGAGCACUCGGCUGACUACUACCCCUAUGGGAUGGCUCUGACCUGCCUGGGCUUCCUGUUGCCUUUUAUGGGCGUGGUGGCGUGCUACUGUCGCAUGGGUCGCCUCCUCUGCCGCCCGCCGUCCUAUCAGGGCGCUACCAUGGCAGCCUCAAUGGAGAAACGGGACAAGGCGGUGAAGAUGAUAGUCAUCGUGGUGACGGUGUUCGCUGUGAGCUUCCUGCCGUUCCACCUUACUAAGACCAUGUACCUGUUGGUACGAACCUUACCAGGUGCUCCGUGUGCGACACGGAACCUGUUCUCAGUGAUCUACAAGUGCACCAGGCCGUUCGCCAGCAUGAACAGUGUUCUAGAUCCUAUACUGUUCUACUUCACACAGCCACGGUUCCGCAGGAGCACCAGAAUACUGAUCACCAAGAUCACCACUCUCAGAGACAGGGAACCAAGGUGUGAGGAAGUGAAAACCCCUAGAUUAUUUAGAUCCCAUGUUUAAUCAAGGGUUAACUCGCUUUGAGACAAAGGAACCAAGGAGUAUGUAAAACAACCAUAGUCCACAGUUGUGUUACACCUAGAUACAUGGGUUCUGGGUAGCUAGAACCAAUCCAGAACCCUCAUUGACUUCUGCUCUGCCAGCAUGGCAACAAGUCAGUGUGUUUGCUAGUGUGUCUGCUUGUGGCUGUAUACUAAAAUGCAUAAAGAGUCAGCCAUAACACUGCUUUCGGUUGCCAUAGUAUUAUGUAAUGUAUCCUGUAUGUCCAUGCACACUGCGAGUUGUUUUAUAUAUGAGCCACUAGGUGGAGUGUAUUACCUACAUAUCCCAUGGCCUUAUUUAUUUUUUAUUUAACCUUUAUUUAACCAGGUAGGCCAGUUUAGAACACCUUUAUUGAACCAGGUAGGCCAGUUGAGAACACCUUUAUUUAACCAGGUAGGCAAGUUGAGAACACGUUCUCAUUUACAAUAGCGACCUGGCCAAGAUAAAGCAAAGCAGUUUGACACAAACAACAACACAGAGUUACACAUGGAGUAAAACAAACAUACAGUCAAUAAUACAGUAUAAACAAGUCUAUAUACGAUGUGAGCAAAUGAGGUGAGAUAAGGGAGGAAAAGGUAGUAAGUUAUAGGUGGGCUAUGUACAGGUGCAGUAAUCUGUGAGCUGCUCUGACAGCUGGUGCUAAAAGCUAGUGAGGGAGAUAAGUGUUUCCAGUUUCAGAGAUUUUUGUAGUUUGUUCCAGUCAUUGGCAGCAGAGAACUGGAAGGAGAGGCGGCCAAAGAAAUAAUUGGUUUUGGGGGUGACUAGAGAUAUACCUGCUGGAGCGUGUGCUACAAGUGGGAGAUGCUAUGGUGACCAGCGAGCUGAGAUACGGGGGGACUUUACCUAGCAGGGUCUUGUAGAUGACCUGGAGCCAGUGGGUUUGGCGACGAGUAUGAAGCGAGGGCCAGCCAACGAGAGCAUACAGGUCGCAGUGGUGGGUAGUAUAUGGGGCUUUGGAGACAAAACGGAUGGUACUAUGAUAGACUGCAUCCAAUUUAUUGAGUAGGGUAUUGGAGGCUAUUUUGUAAAUGACAAAGUCGAGGAUCGGUAGGAUGGUCAGUUUUACAAGGGUAUGGUUGGCAGCAUGAGUGAAGGAUGCUUUGUUGCAACAUAGGAAGCCAAUUCUAGAUUUAACUUUGGAUUGGAGAUGUUUGAUGUGAGUCUGGAAGGAGAGUUAACAGUCUAACCAGACACCUAGGUAUUUGUAGUUGUCCACAUAUUCUAAGUCAGAACCGUCCAGAGUAGUGAUGUUGGACGGGCGGGCAGGUGCAGGCAGCGAUCGGUUGAAGAGCAUGCAUUUAGUUCUACUUGUAUUUAAGAGCCGUUGGAGGCCACAGAAGGAGGCAUUGAAGCUCAUCUGGAGGGUUGUUAACACAGUGUCCAAAGAAGGGCCAGAGGUACACAGAAUGGUGUUGUCUGCGUAGAAGUUGAUCAGAGACUCACCAGCAGCAAGAGCGACAUCAUUGAUGUAUACAGAGAAGAGAGUCGGUCCAAGAUUUGAACCCUGUGGCACCCCCAUAGAGAAUGCCAGGGGCCCGGACCGCAGACCCUCCGAUUUGACACACUGAACUCUAUCAGAGAAGUAGUUGGUGAACCAGGCGAGGCAAUCAUUUGAGAAACCAAGGCUAUCGAGUCUGCCGAUGAGGAUGUGGUGAUUGGCAGGGUCGAAAGCCUUGGCCAGGUCAAUGAAUACGGCUGCACAGUAUUGUUUCUUAUCGAUGGUGGUUAAGAUAUCGUUUAGGACCUUGAGCGUGGCUGAGGUGCACCCAGACCAGCUCUGAAACCAGAUUGCAUAGUGGAGAAGAUAUGGUGGGAUUCGAAAUGGUUGGUAAUCUGUUUGUUGACUUGGGGUGGCAACAAUUUCGGCAGAUAAUUUUAGAAAGAAAGGGUCCAGAUUGUCUAGCCCAGGUGAUUUGUAGGGGUCCACAUUUUGCUGCUCUUUCAGAACAUCAGUUGACUGGAUUUGGGUGAAGGAGAAAUGGGGAAGGCUUGGGCAAGUUGCUGUGGGGGGUGCAGUGCUGUUGACCGGGGUAGGGGUAGCCAGGUGGAAAGCAUGGCCAGCCGUAGAAAAAUGCUUAUUGAAAUUUUCAAUUAUAGUGGAUUUAUCGGUGGUGACAGUGUUUCCUAUCCUCAGUGCAGUGGGCAGCUGGAAGGAGGGGUUCUUAUUCUCCAUGGACUUUAGUGUCCCAGAACUUUUUUGAGUUUGUGUUGCAGGAAGCAAACUUCUGCUUGAAAAAGCUAGCCUUGGCUUUUCUAACUGCCUGUGUAUAUUGGUUUCUAGCUUCCCUGAAAAAUUGCAUAUCACAGGGGCUGUUCGAUGCGAAUGCAGAACGCCAUAGAAUGUUUUUGUGUUGGUUAAGGGCAGUCAGGUCUGGGGAGAACCAAGGGCUAUAUCUGUUCCUGGUUCUAAAUUUCUUGAAUGGGGCAUGCUUAUUUAAUAUGGUGAGGAAGGCGUUUAAAAAGGAUAGCCAGGCAUACUCUACUGACGGGAUGAGAUCAAUAUCCUUCCAGGAUACCCGGCCAGGUCGAUUAGAAAGGCCUGCUCACUGAAGUGUUUCAGGGAGCGUUUGACAGUGAUGAGUGGAGAUCGUUUGACCGCUGACCCAUUACGGAUGCAGGCAAUGAGGCAGUGACCGCUGAGAUCUUGGUUGAAAACAGCAGAGGUGUAUUUAAAUAACAGAAAAAUGUUAAAGCAAUAUUUGUGAACACGUUUCAUUUUGUCAUUAUAACAAGGUUGGUAGCAACUUUUGAAAACCGUUGUGGAAAUCUGUUGCAGAUCAAGUCAAUUUACGCUACAAAACCCACAAUGCGAUGCUCUCUUUCUGGGCUGGCUAUCAGGAAAACGUAACGACACACAAUAGCCAAAUCAAUAUCAGCAUGCAAAAUAGUGAGCUAGCUUUAAAAAUCACCAAAACAAACUACAUUAUCAAUUUAGGAGAAUCUCUCACCAAGCGAGAGCAGAGGACGUUGCCUUUUUCCCACGUUUCCCACAGACACACAUUGCAUUAUGGUACUUGAAGGAGAAAACACACUAUAUACAGUGAUGAGAACCAUGUAGCUAUGACGCGUUCCUACAUGAUUUCCUGGUUUCGCAGACGUACCACUUAAAAUUUAAAUCAUGAGGGAAACAUUUUUUUAUCCACUGAUGGAACAUAGGCUUUCACGAAAUUGAUCUGUUUCAUUUCUCGGGGUGGAUUAUCCCUCUUACAGUUUCUCAAUUGCUGAGACACAAUUCCUGGAACAACUCACCAUUUUCUCAAAUCUUCAUACACAAUUGUAAAAACUCACACCCAACGGUACAAACAUUUAACUUCUGGGUCCCAAGUCAAACUUUGCCCUCAGACAACACACACAAACUGUCAAAAACAGACUACAUAACUGUUUGUUACACACUGGAGGGAUUCAUUCAAAAUACUGCGUCCAAAAUGUUUAGAAUAGGUUUUCAGAUCAAUUAUUUUGAACUUUGUAAAAUCACAGCACUGACUAUCCAGAUAAUCCUUUCAGGAACACCCUGGCGAGAGAACUUCAAAACACUACUGUAAUAAAAACCUCGUACAUUAGUGGAUAAGGUAAUACUACUGUAAUAAAUACCUCGUACAUUAGUGGAUAAGGUAAUACUACUGUAAUAAAUACCUCGUACAUUAGUGGAUAAGGGAAUACUACUGUAAUAAAUACCUCGUACAUUAGUGGAUAAGGGAGU